AUGACCACGGAGAAAUUUGUCGACCCUCCCCCUUUUAUUCAAGAAUGGGAAAACGCAGACGAGAACACUUGGCCAAAACCUCCACCAUGUUUGGGACCUGACGUCGACUAUUUUUCAUUCCAAAGAAACAUUACAAGAACAAGAGGAAACACUUUCCCUGACCAAAUUUUGGAUAUCAACAAAGACACAAGAGUCUACUUGAAACAACUGAAUCACUCAAUUCUUGUGGCCUACUUGGCAAUCAUCAAAAAACAAAUCGACCAACCACAUGAACCGGAGAUACUUAGUCCGUACGUUGAGCAUAUCAAAUUUCUGGUACAAGUCAUGUCACAAGCAUUGAACACAUAUCGACCGUUUCAAGCGAAAAAGUAUUACUUGAUGCUCUUUGAGGAACAAAUCCAACAAAAGGAAGAGCUGUAUAACCAACUGAAACAGAUGGUCGACGACGCAAAUGAAAAAUACAAGGACUUUGAUGUUGAUAAAAAGAAGAUGGAAGAGUGCUGA